AUUAGUAUACUCUCUGGCUUUCCCUUUGAGGAGAUUGUGUGAUUUGUCAUAGACAAAACUGUAGGCGCUCUGUGGCAGCUCUGUGGUGAUUUGGUUGGGUGGCGCUGCCGUGGGCGUGUUGAUGCUGGUUUGUUCCGUAGAUUUUCCGUAUUUGUCUGUGAAACUGUGUUGGUAUUGGAGGAGGUUCUGGUGCAGUCUUGUGAAACUUAAGUUUUGUCCGAAAAUGCCUUCGAGCAUAGGUGUGAAUUUGCGUGUGACAGGACACUGCAGCCAAGGUGCCAGAAAAUAUAUGGAAGACAUGUUUUCAGUUGCAUACCAACGGACGGAAGAUGAAAAAGAUCUCGAAUACGCUUUCUUCGGAAUAUUCGACGGCCACGGAGGACAACAAGCUGCAACGUUUGCCAAGGAACAUCUUCUUGACAACAUUGUGAAUCAAAAAUCAUUUUGGUCCGAUAAAGAUGCAGAAGUUUUAAGGGCCAUACGAGAUGGAUUUUUGCAAACGCAUCUGGCAAUGUGGCGUCAGUUAGAUCGCUGGCCAAAAACUGCUGUUGGAUUUCCUAGCACAUCGGGUACAACUGCAAGUAUUGCAUUCAUCCGCAGAGGGAAGAUUUACAUUGGCCAUGUAGGCGAUUCAUCAAUAGUGCUGGGUUAUCAGGAAGAUGGUCAGUGGAAAGGCCUUCCAUUAACUCGUGAUCACAAGCCUGAAAGUGAAGAAGAAACGCAACGAAUUGAACAAGCUGGUGGAAAAGUAGUGAAAAAAUCGGGUGUGCCACGUGUUGUAUGGAAUAGACCUCGUCUAGGUCAUAAAGGACCUGUCAGGAGAUCAACACAAAUUGAUGAAAUCCCAUUCUUAGCUGUGGCUAGAUCUCUUGGUGAUCUGUGGAGUUAUAAUCCUGUCCAAGAUGUUUUUGUGGUAUCUCCAGAACCUGAUGUAUCAGUGUACACCAUAGAUGUGAGUUGUCAUAGAUGCUUGAUUUUUGGGACCGAUGGAUUAUGGAAUGUAAUGUGCCCUACUGCAGCUGUUGAGGUAGUCCAGAUUGCAGAGUCACGCAAUGAGCAGCAUCUUCUUCAGCAGGGAAAUGACACAGACACUAGAGACAUUCCACAUGCAUGGAUAAAUCCCUCUAAGAGUUUAGUGGAUCGAGCUUUAGAAGAAUGGCGAGCUCUAGGACUACAAGCUGAUAAUACUAGUGUGGUUACGCUGAUGUUGGAUCCUCCUGGACCUCCUCGAGUGCAGGUCCUGUUAAGUCAACGACAGCAACAGCAGGAAAUCUUAGAGCAUUCAAGUGUUUCGAGUUUGUUUUCAUCAAGGUGUGUUAUGGAUAUUAAAACAAAAACACCAACCAAACCUACAGAAGAUUUAACACCACCAAGUGAUGGUACGAUACAUACCAGAACAUGUGAUCCUGCCUCUCUUCCUGACAGCAGUUGUGGUAAUCAAAGCAUUUCUUCAGACAGUAAGAUGCCUUUCCCGUCCCCACCUAUGUCCUUGAUGUGCCUCCAAAGUAACGAAGUAUCAUCAUCUUCAACAACAGUAGCAGCUGUAUCAACGUCAACUGCAAUAAAGACGGUCAGUUCGCCAGUAAAUAGAGAUAAGUCAUGUCUACCUUCAACUUUAGGAAUGGAUCUUUCAAAAGCAGCAGGCUUUAAACGAAGACACAGUAGUGGAUUAACACAGCCACAUAUGUCAGGAAUUGAUAAAAGAAAACGAACUCGCUCAGAACACGAUUGCUUUUCGAAAGAACAAAUUAGAAACGAAGACCUUGCAACAAGUGAUGCAGAAAAUCAGAGAGUUGCAUGGCCUCCAUGGAAUGCUGCAAAAAAAUCUAAUAAAUCAAUGCCUCAGAAAGCUUCUAAAUAUUCUGGUACCAGGUGUGGGAAAUCAAUGCUUCCUUUAGUAACUCCAAUUGGUAAAAAUGCUAACUCAAGGUGGCUAUGUUCGAAUUCUUCUGUUUCCCCACCCAAGUGGACAUUAAGGUCACGAAAUGUCCCUUCAGAUCAACCACCCAAGUUAGUAUGUGAUGACAAAACACCAGAACGUAUUAUACUUCCAGGAGCCAGUAACUUAUGUGUUCCAAUGACUAUAUGUACACGUUCCAAAGGGCGUAAACUAUUGUCUUGUAAUAAGUGAUAGAAGUCCCAAACAUGCUGUUAUUUAUAUAGAAUGCAAAUACUAUAUGGGCAUCAGGUAAAAGUGAACAUAAAGUGUUCAAAACUCCUUAUUUUCAGAAACAGUGUAUUUUUAAAUAUGAAAACCAUAUCUUUUCUGUAUAUCAGAUUAGUUUGUACAAAUUUUAAAAUAGAAAGUUGUGAAGUUGGCAAUAUAUUUAUUAUUCUAUUGCUGUAAAUACAUGCAUAUUUUUUUCUAGACUUUUACAGAUCUUAUUUGAGUAUUUAAUCUGUUCAACAACACAUUUGAUUUGUCAAAUUUAAUUAUCGUUAAUUGUGAUAGACGGUUUAGAUAAUUUUUGGAUUAGUUUCUGUGUAGACUAUUUCCCAUUAAUGGUUUUCAAAUUUUCAAUAAGUCUUUAAAACAUUUGAUAGAGUUAAAAUAGAAGGUAAUUAAUUUUGUUGGGUGUGUUGUUUGUGAAUGUACCAAAGUUAUUUCUGCAUCAGAUGUUGACAAAGUAGUAAUGUAAAAGAAUAUUUUCAUAGUAUAAAAAUGUUUUGUAAAGUGGUAUUUUUGUAUCCAUAUACACAGAUUUGUUGGAAACCUAGUCAGGCCUACUGUGGAAAUAUACUAUAUAUUCUAUAUUGGAAGAAAUUGGGAAAUACAAAGAAAUACAGUAUAUACAUUAAUUGUUCAGAAAGUUGUUUUAAUAAAUUAUGUUUAAAUUAAGGUCUUGUGCAUAUAUUCAUCUCCUGUGAAUUUUCUUUGAUUAGGGAAUUUCCCUGUGAAAUUGUCUGCAAUGCUGUGUCAGCUUGCAGCUGUUAAAAAGGGUAUGCUAAAAAUAUGGACUUGCAAAGAUCUAAAAUGAAACAAUAAAUGCAAUUGUUAAUGAACUGUUAAGCUUUCCAGUUGUCUGAAGUCAGGAUAUGUCGGAAUUUGAUUAAUCUGUUGUGUUUUAACAACGCGGUGCAAGAGUUGCUUUGGGAAUCCCUGUUCCAUUCUCUACAGUACACCUGCCUACCUGCCCCAAUCUCAUCAUUAAUUUGUCUAGUGCUAUUUACGAAAUCCAGUGCACAGGAAAAAAGUAGGUAGCAACACCUUGAAGGCUUCAUUUCGAUUCUUACUCUGCGUUGACUGCACUGAAAAAUAGUUGAGAAAUCUCUCACUGUGGUCACGUCUAUAAAUAUGUUAUUGUUUGUUAAUAUUAUGGGUUGUACAUAUUAUAUAGAAAAAGUGUUCUAAUAUUGUUAAAAUUCUGACAAAAAUGUUUUUGGGCAAUGACACUGAAGAAACACUUUUCAAUACUUUCUCUUUUUAUAUAUGUAUAUGUUAUAUUAUAUUGCAAAAAAACCUAAAUACAGCAUAACUUAUAUUAAG